AUGUUUAAAUCGCUGACAGUAAGAUUCAACAAGGUGAAGCCUAGUGAAGGGAACAAUGAGAAUAAACAAGGUUCUGAUCCAAACAGCGAGCCACAGCAACCCACGAGACAGGGAGAAAACAAAAAUGAAAAGAAAUCUCUCAAAACCAAGAUGCCUCCAGUUUCAGCUGAAGAGUCAUACAUCAAAAUUCAAGAUAAAAUCUGCGAGAAAAAUACACUCGAAGACAAGACCACAAACACUGACUCUCAAAAUCCAGCAGAAUCAACUGGAACAAAGCCAGAGCAGAAGGAAAAGGGGACUGGGAAAGAAAGCCUGGUCAGCAAGCCCCCUGUUAUUAAUGAGUAUGCCGAUGCCCAGCUACACAACCUAGUGAGGAGAUUGCGUCAAAGAACAGAUUUCUACAAGAGAAAGUUGGUGGAAGGUGAUAUGUCCUCACCUGAAAGCAGCCCCCAAACUGCAAAGCCCACAGUUUUAUCAUCAACACAAGAAAGCAGUGCUAAGCUAAAAGAAGAACAUUAUCAGAAGGUGCCUCUGACAGAGUACCUGAAGCGAAUCAGACUUCCAAAAAGCAUAGAUUCAUACACAGAUCGAUUCUAUCUCCUGUGGCUCUUGCUUGUCACCAUUGCCUUUAACUGGAACUGCUGGCUCAUACCGCUGCGCAUCAUUUUCCCAUAUGAAACACCAAACAACGCACGCUACUGGCUUAUUACGGACAUCAUAUGUGAUACCAUCUACCUUUUCGAUUUGCUGUUAAUCCAGCCCAGACUCCAGUUUAUUAGAGGAGGAGACAUAAUAGUGGAUUCAAAUGAACUAAAGAGACACUACAGGAGUUCUACAAAAUUUCAGUUGGAUGUGGCAUCAAUAAUGCCAUUUGAUGUUUUCUACCUCUUCUUUGGGUUUAAUCCAAUAUUUAGGACAAAUAGGAUGUUAAAGUACACAUCAUUUUUUGAGUUGAAUCAUCACCUAGAGUCUAUAAUGAACAAGGCAUAUAUCUACAGAGCCAUUCGAACAACUGGAUACUUGCUCUUUACUCUGCACAUUAAUGCCUGCAUGUAUUAUUGGGCUUCAAACUAUGAAGGAAUUGGAACUACCAGAUGGGUGUAUGAUGGUGAAGGAAACAAGUAUCUGAGAUGUUAUUAUUGGGCAGUUCGAACUUUAAUUACCAUUGGGGGCCUUCCAGAACCACAAACUUCAUUUGAAAUUGUUUUUCAACUGUUGAAUUUUUUUUCUGGAGUUUUUGUGUUCUCCAGCUUAAUUGGUCAGAUGCAAGAUGUAAUUGGGGCAGCUACAGCCAAUCAGAACAACUUCCGCAUCUGCAUGGAUCAUACCGUUGCCUACAUGAACACUUACUCCAUUCCUAAGAUUGUGCAGAAUCGGGUCAGGACUUGGUAUGAAUAUGCAUGGGAGUCUCGAAGAAUGCUAGAUGAAUCCAACCUACUUGAGACACUGCCAACUACAAUGUAGUUAGCCCUCACCAUUGAUGUGAACUUCAGCAUCAUUAGCAAAGUCGACUUGUUCAAGGGUUGUGAUACACAGAUGAUUUAUGACAUGUUGCUAAGAUUGAAAUCCAUUGUCUAUUUACCUGGUGAUUUUGUCUGCAAAAAGGGAGCAAUCGGCAAGGAAAUGUAUGUCAUUAAGCAAGGAGAAGUCCAAGUUCUUGGGGGAGCUGAUGGUGCUCAAGUUCUGGUUACUCUGAAAGCUGGGGCAGUGUUUGGAGAAAUCAGCCUUCUAGCAGCAAGAGGAGGAAACCGUAGAACUGCCAACGUGGUGGCCCAUGGCUUUGCCAAUCUUUUAACUCUGGACAAAAGGACCCUCCAAGAAAUUCUAAUGCAUUAUCCAGAUUCUAAAAAGCUCCUUAUGAAGAAAGCCAGAGUGCUUCUAAAGAACAAGGCUCCAGGCACAGGGACAACUUGUCCAAAUAAAGGACUUGCCUUUCUCUUCCCACCAAAGCAAGAGACACCCAAAAUGUUUAAAGGUCUCCUGGGAGGCUCAGGAAAAGCAGGUCUUGCAAGACUACUCACACUGAAGAGAGAACAAACCGUUCUGAAAAAAAGUGAAAACUCCGAAGGAGAAGAGGAUAAAGGAAAAAUAUAUGAAGAUAAAGGAAGAGAGCCAGCAGAGAAACCACUUGAAACAUCCAAAUGUCGAACAAGUUCUAUUACAACAGAGGAAGCGCCCCAGUCAAUUAGAAGGGCAGUUUUACCCAGAGGAACUACCCGUCAAUCACUCAUCAUCAGCAUAGAUCCUUCUGCGGAGGCUGGGGAAGAGGUUCUGAUGAUUGAAGUCAAAGAAAAGGCUAAGCUAUAAAUGUUUGAUUAUCUUCAGAUACAAUCUAGUUAGUUCCCAAAGAGUCUGUAGUCAGGAUGGUAGCUUAAACUAAUGAGAGGAAAAGACCUUGCCGGGACCCUUGAGAAACCAUAGGCAAAUCCCUAGCUUAGUUUCUAGGAUUUAUCUGAGAGUGUGAUCUUCUGCAGUGGCAAUAAGAAGAUUAUUA